CAGAGGUGAGAGAGAAUGUGAGAUCAUUCAAGUGAGGACUACUACUACUACACACUGUACAUACAUGAUAGUUGAUACAACUCAGGAGAGAGAAAAAUAUAGAAAGAAAGAUUUUGACUUGGCCGCUCUAUUCAUAGAAAAGAAAAGAAAAGAAAAGCAAGAAAAAUACAAGUAUCAAUUCUUUUCUCUCUCUUCAAUCCCACAACAACAACAACAACAACCCCCACAAAAACACAUAGAUUUUCACCAGCUACCAUCAACCCUUCUUCUCUGAAAAUCCCCUUUUUUUUCUUUCCUUAAUUCCAGUUAAGAGAAAGUGAGGGGGAAAUAAAAAAUACCCACAAACAAACAGCUCCUUAAGUCUUUGACAAACCCUUUUGAAAGUUGUAUAGGGGUCCCAUUUUUUCAAUCAAUCAAACAAAAUCUCCCAGAAAGAUGGUCAAUUAAUGUUUUCUUUAGUGCUUAAUCUUUGCUAAAUUGUGAAUUUAGAGAUUUUUAGGGAUUAGGGUUUAUGGGUAGUGAUUAAUUUGGGGUUAAUUGCAGUAGAUCGUUAGAUUAUGGUGAGUAAUGAGGGUAUUUAGACUAAAUAGGAGAUGGGUUGUGUUUUUGGUAAAGAGAGUUUAGCACCAGAGGGGAGAGAGAGAGGUGGGAGGAGAGAGAAAGAGAAUUUGGGGACUGAAUCUGGGAGGAAGGUUGAUUUGCCGGUUGCUGAUGUCGUGUCAGGUUGGGAUACAGGGAAAGAUGGUGAGAAUGGUGGUGUUGAGUUGAAUGAUGGUGGAAAGAAGGAUGAAGAGAAGAAUGGAGAAGAGGAUGGGGAGGAAAAGAGGGAGGGGGAAGGGAAAGGUAGAAGCCAGAAGCCUAGGGGAGAGAGAAGGCGAACGAAGGCGAACCCAAGGUUGAGUAAUCCUCCAAAGAAUGUACAUGGUGAACAGGUGGCUGCUGGAUGGCCUUCUUGGCUUUCUGCUGUUGCAGGUGAAGCAAUCGACGGUUGGGUUCCAAGGCGAGCCGAUACUUUCGAAAAGAUUGAUAAGAUUGGGCAAGGAACGUAUAGUAAUGUAUAUAAAGCCAGAGAUUCAUUAACUGGGAAGAUCGUUGCACUUAAGAAGGUUCGGUUUGAUAACUUGGAGCCUGAGAGUGUUAAGUUCAUGGCUAGAGAAAUUUUGAUUCUACGGAGAUUAGACCAUCCCAAUGUUGUGAAACUUGAAGGGUUGGUUACUUCAAGGAUGUCUUGUAGUUUGUAUUUGGUGUUUGAGUACAUGGAGCACGAUUUAGCUGGACUUGCUGCCAGUCCAGAUAUUAAGUUUACAGAGCCACAGGUAAAAUGUUAUAUGCACCAACUUAUCUCUGGACUAGAGCACUGUCACAAUCGUGGCGUCCUUCACCGUGAUAUCAAAGGAUCAAAUCUCCUUCUUGACAAUGGAGGAAUACUUAAGAUAGCUGAUUUUGGAUUGGCUACUUUUUUUGACCCAAACAAGAAGCAUCCCAUGACAAGUCGUGUUGUCACUCUAUGGUACCGAGCCCCAGAGCUCCUUCUUGGGGCUACUGAUUAUGGUGUUGGCAUUGAUUUGUGGAGUGCUGGCUGCAUUUUGGCUGAGUUAUUGGCUGGGAGGCCCAUCAUGCCUGGCCGUACUGAGGUGGAGCAAUUACAUAAGAUAUAUAAGUUAUGUGGUUCGCCUUCUGAUGAAUACUGGAAGAAAUCAAAGCUGCCAAAUGCAACAAUAUUCAAGCCGCGAGAGCCGUACAAAAGAUGUAUAAGAGAGACCUUUAGAGACUUCCCACCCUCGGCAUUAUCUUUAAUUGAUAGUCUUCUUGCAAUUGAUCCAGCUGAACGCAAAACUGCCACAGAUGCUUUAAAUAGUGAUUUCUUCAGUACUGAACCUCUUGCUUGUGAUCCAUCUACGCUUCCGAAGUAUCCACCAAGCAAGGAGAUGGAUGCCAAACGACGUGAUGAUGAGGCCCGAAGGCUAAGAGCUGCCAGCAAAGCACAAGGUGAUGCGACAAAGAAAACUCGAACACGUGAUCGUCCACGGGCAAUGCCAGCCCCUGAAGCUAAUGCAGAGCUCCAGGCCAAUCUUGAUCGACGGCGUAUAAUCACUCAUGCAAAUGCAAAGAGCAAGAGUGAGAAGUUCCCUCCACCACACCAGGAUGGAGGGCUUGGCUAUCCCUUGGGUGCUUCACAGCAUAUUGAUCCUUCAAACAUCCCACCUGAUAUUCCUUACAGUUCCACGUCAUUCACAUACUCAAAAGGGGUAGGCCAACAUUGGUCCGGUCCAUUGGUGGACCCUGCUUCUGCCGGGGGUCCCAGGCGAAAGAAAAAGAAUGUUGUCGAGGGGAAUGAACCCAAGUCAACAGGCCGAAGAGAUAUCAGUAGUUCUCGAGCUCGAGGAAAAUGAGACCAGGAUAGUGAGAACACAUUCAGCCCUAGUUAUUGAAGCUUGCUUUGAUUGGAUCAUUCUUAUUCCUAGGUUUCAGUGACCAAGCUUUUAUGAGAUGCAAACAUAUAGAUCAGCAUGAAAAAGGCUGGUGAAGUGUAUUUAGAGGUAUAAUUGAUUUUUAUUUUCUUUUUUCAAAAAAACUUCCCCAAUGUCAAAAGAAAAUUUUCCUUGUACUAUUUGUUGGAAUGUGCGGAAGUUCCCUCAUGUAUAUUUUGAUCUUCCUUUCAUUAUAGAGAUUUCUAUUCUUUGAGCAGCA